AUGGAUCUUCGGCUCAUGGGCCUGGGCUUGUGGGAGUGGGCGAAGGGCGGCGAGAGCUCCAUCGUGACCGAGUGGGGGCUGGUUUGCGGGGAGAAGUACAAGGUAGGGCUGGUCCAGGCCUUGUUCUUCGGCGGGUGCAUGAUUGGAGCCGGGACAUUUGGCCACUCGGACUCGUUAUUGGGAAGGAAAGGCUCUCUAACGGUGGUCUGUAUCUUGAAUGCCAUCUUCGGUUGCUUGACGGCCCUCUCUCCGGAUUACUGGACCUAUUGCCUCCUCUGCUUCAUUACUGGAUUUAGCACGGGCGGGGUUGGCCUAUGCGUUUUUGUACUAGCCACUGAGCCUAUUGGCCCAAAGAAGCGCGGAGUGGCAGGAAUGUCCAUUUUCUAUUUCUUCUCAUGUGGCAUAGCUCUUCUCUCCGGCAUCGCUUAUGUGUUUCGCUCAUGGCGGGAGCUCUACAUUGCUUCCUCCAUUCCCUCCAUGCUCUUCCUUGUGGGGGUCCUCCCUUUCAUCUCAGAGUCCCCACAGUGGUAUCUCAUCCGGGGAAAGAUUGACGAGGCUAUGAAGCUUAUGCGAGCUAUUGCCAAAGCCAACAAGAAACACCUCCCCGACAGGGUCAUCCUCGCACUUGAUGAGGAAGUGAAUGAAAACUUGAACGAUGGUCCAUCCUGCAAAGAUCAGAUGGACACAAAGGAUGCGAUAACAGGGUCUCUCAUUGAUGUGGUGAAGUCGCCUGUCACUCGGAUUUGCCUUUUCUUGGCAGUGGCAAUCAACUUUCUUUGUUCGGUCGUGUACUAUGGCAUUAGCCUAAACGUUGUCAAUCUCCAGACCAACCUUUACCUUAAUGUGUUCCUCAACGGCGUGGCUGAAAUGCCAGCCUUUACAAUAACGGCCCUAUUGCUUGAUACGUUCGGGAGGAAGCCGCUGGCAAUCAGAACGCAGUGGUUCAGUGGAAUAUUCUGUCUUAUGGGGAGCUUGGUGAUGAUACACGGGGAAUGGAAAGUGGCGAGGAUGGUGUGUGGAAUUCUCGGGAUUUUCGGGAUGGCCGGCACGUAUAAUUUGCUCUUCAUCUACAUGGCUGAGCUGUUUCCAAACGUAAUGAGGAAUGCGGCUCUUGGCUGUGGAGCUCAGGCGGCGCAAAUGGGUGCGAUUUUGGCGCCUUUAGUGGUGGUCUUAGGAGGCGGCUUCCCCUUUGCGGUCUUUGCGGUUUGUGCAAUUCUGGGAGGGAUACUAGCAUUUUACCUCCCGGAGACAUUGAAUCGGCCUUUGUAUGAUACGAUGGCUGGAAUGGAAGGUGGGGAGAGUGUAUGAAGGAACUCAAUCCUCUCACUUCAAACUAAACUUGAUUAAUGUAGACUUAAAUGAUUCUUCUUGAUGAUAGGAUUUUCCUUUUU